CGGCGCUAAAAUGGCACGCAUUCUUUUUACAGCCAGUGAUGUCGAUGAAGGCUCUUCGACCAAUUAUCGCUAUAUUUGGCACGACUGGUGUUGGAAAAUCUAAUCUGGCCGUUGAAAUUGCUCUACACCUUGCGAAUUCCGGUCGUCAAACGUGGAAUAACGCAAAAGUUAUAAAUGCUGAUGCCAUGCAGGUUUACGCUGGGAUGGACGUUAUAACCAAUAAAAUUCCAGUGCCAGAAAGGCAAGGAGUCGAACAUGCCCUGAUGGGGUUCAAGUCUCCUAAUGAACAAUAUGUAGUCGGGCAAUGGGUGAAAGACGCAAUAGAUGCGAUCGAUGGUGCUCACGAGAAGAAUGAGAUUCCAAUAAUUGUAGGAGGGACGUCCUACUGGAUUCAACACUUACUCUUUCCAAACCGACUGGCAAAGAACAUCCACUCGGUAGACGAGGGAUUCACAUCUUCAACGUUCGAAACAUCUGAAGAACUUGCCUCGUUGAUAGAAACACUCCCUCCAGAUCUCUUUCACCUUUUCCACUGCUUGCCUAAUCCUGCACCUUCUGCUGACUCAGAUCCCGAAGAGGCUUUUCGAUUGUACAAUUUGCUCAAAGCACUCGAUAAAUCAGUCGCAGUGCGAUGGCAUUGGAAAGACACACGAAAAGUUCUGCGUAGUAUUCGUAUCAUCCAAGAAACUGGUCGGAAGCCGAGUGAACUCAUUCAUGAGCAAUCCCAAGAUAUACUUCAGGCACGAUUUCGAACAUUGUGUUUUUGGGUCUACUCGAAGCCUGAAACUCUUAAACCGCGUUUGGAUUUACGAGUCGAUAAGAUGCUCGAGCAAGGCUUAUUAGACGAGGUUGCCGCUCUUGGAGAGCUUCUCAAAAAACACGACAACGAAGAAGAAAUAAACUCGACUCCUGACUAUACGUUUGGAAUUUUCCAGUCAAUUGGUUACAGAGAAUUUCACAAGUAUCUUUCAUCGCCAAAUCCCACCGAAGAAGAAUUCUUGGCAGCAGUAAAGAAUAUGAAAACUUCCACUCGGCAGUAUGCAAAGCGUCAAACGUCCUGGCUACGAAAUAAAUUGCUACCGAUGCUUUACGGUGCGAACGAAACCAGAGAUAGCAGCGGUCUUCCAGACACAUUCACAUACUUGUUGGAUGCCACAGAAUCAGGCGAAAGCUGGGAUAUUAACGUUCGAGAGCCAGCUGUGGAUAUCACUACCGCAUUUUUAGAUCACCAACCGUUGCCCGAUCCAUCGACUCUUUCGGACGUUGCAAAAGAAAUGCUUAACGUUGAACGAAAAGACACCAAUCCCAGUGCGGUAUUGAACGCUCGUCGAAAAAUCAUAUGUCCUAUCUGCACGUCCGACCCAACACAACCUUACAUGGUGGAAGAAAAUGAAUGGAAAUUACAUGAAAAAUCUCGAUUUCACAAACGCAGAGCGUACAAACCUCUAAGUGCUGCGGAGAUUGAGGAACGUAAAAGGCAGGGGCGCAAGAAACACUCGGAAAAUGCGUCAGAAUCUGAGGAGACCAUUUGUAGGAAAACGUAGUGUCACUGUCAGCUACUUACCG